CAAACUUGGCUGAUCAUUUUAGUCAAUGGGGACAACCACCAAUGAAGACAGGAGCCAGAAGGCAGUUCUCUUGAAUGAGACAGAGGUGAAGGCAGGAGGAGUAGCCUACGCCUACCCAACUUUGGAGGAAGAGCUGAGUUUCGAACCCUCUGAGAUCUGGAGGAAGAUGAGGAUCGUGGCGACGGGCAUUGCCGACGGGAAGUUGACCAAGAGAUGCGUGGACGAGUCGAAGAAGACGUGGGAGAUCGCCGCGCCGGCGAUACUCACCUCCGUAGCCCAGUUCUCCAUUGGGUUCGUGACUGCCGCCUUUGUGGGACACAUCGGAGCAGUCGAGCUCGCUGCUGUAUCCAUCGUUGAGAAUGUGCUCGAAGGUUUCGUGUAUGGGGUUAUGCUCGGGAUGGGGAGCGCUCUCGAGACGCUAUGCGGGCAGGCAGUUGGCGCUGGGCAGAUCAACAUGCUCGGAAUCUAUAUGCAGAGGUCAUGGAUCAUCACUAGUAUCACCACCCUCUUCCUCACACCCGUCUACCUCUUUGCAUCCCCGUUGCUACAAGCCCUCCAGCAGGACAAGAACAUUUCCGAGCUUGCGGGGAGGUACUCCAAGUGGGUUAUCCCGCAGCUGUUUGCCUACGCCGUUAAUUUCCCGGUCCAAAAGUUCCUCCAGUCCCAGAGCAAGGUCUGGGUCAUGACUAUUAUCUCGAUCCUAGGAUUAGCCCUCCAUGCAGGGCUGAGCUGGCUGCUCAUCACGAGGUUCCAUCAUGGCCUGGUCGGGGCCGCAAUCGCCGGGAAUCUGUCCUGGUGGUUCAUCGUGUUGGCUCAGAUGGUUUAUGUGGUUUCUGGUUAUUUUCCAGAAGCGUGGACGGGUCUGUCUUUUCAGGCUUUCAAGUCACUGGCGGCUUUCGUGAAGCUGUCGCUUGCAUCAGCUAUAAUGUUGUGCUUGGAGCUCUGGUACUAUACUGCAGUAAUUCUCAUGGUCGGGGCCCUCAAGAACCCGGAAAUUGCAGUUGAUGCAAUCUCGAUAUGCAUGAAUCUGCUAACAUGGACCUUAAUGGUUGCUCUAGGCUUCAAUGCUGCUGUAAGCGUUCGGGUGUCUAAUGAGCUCGGGGCAGGAGACUCAAAGGCAGCCAAAUUCUCGGUCAUAGUGUCCCUUGUGACAUCCACAGCUAUCGGGGUGAUCUUCACUGCCAUCAUCCUCGGGACCACAGACGAGUUCCCGAGGAUUUUCACCAACAAAGGAGAAGUCAUCACGGAAACAUCGAAACUCGGCUACUACCUCGCCGCAACCAUCUUCCUCAACAGCAUCCAACCCGUCCUGCAUGGAGUGGCAGUUGGAGCGGGAUGGCAAGUUUCCGUGGCACUGAUCAACAUCGGAUGCUAUUACAUUGUCGGGCUUCCAAUUGGGGCACUUCUCGGUUACAAGUUCAAGCUUGGCGCCCGGGGCAUAUGGAUCGGGAUGCUGAUCGGCUGCCUGGUGCAGACUCUGGUUCUGCUCUGUGUCAUAUUCCGAGCCAACUGGCGCAAAGAGGCAUUGAUAGCUGAGGAACGCAUCAGGACAUGGGGUGGGGCCUCUGAACCUCAAGAGGCUGCAGCUGAACUGUCCAAUAUGAAUUUAUCACCGGUUAGAUAGUAUAUAUAUCACCAGAAGACAAGGAUUACACACAUACACAGAGAAAUACCACAAGAUUACAAUAAUAUCUCAUUUUUAUUUUUAUAUUCUUGAAUUAUAAACAUAGUUGAGGAAUUUUUUUUGGUCGAGUAUAGUUGAUAAUUUUGGUAUUUCAUCAAUACUCUCUUUUUUAUUUUAUUUUAAUUUUAAUUAAAAAUCGUUAAGAAAUUACGUGUAACUUCUCAUUGAACAUUGAAAGUUUAGGAGGAUGUCGGGUCUCAUGAGCUACCCAUGAUUCA